CUGAAAACACAACAAAGGAAAGCCCAGCCAAUUUGGAAACAGAACCUAGAAAAAGCGAAACGAAAUGGAGUUCUUCACACGAUAUAUGACGUUAAUGGAGACUGGUAUUCAGGAGAGUGGGCAGACGACAAGAAACAUGGCAAAGGUACACAGUUUUGGAAAUUAACAGGCGCUACAUACAGUGGAGACUGGAAGAAUGGAAAACGUCAUGGUCACGGAAAAUUCGGUGUCCCUAACCCAUCUGGUUCCGGUCUAAAUGAGCAAUACGUAGGGGACUGGGCUCAUGAUAAAAGAGAGGGCCACGGAAUUCAGCUAUAUGAAAACGGAGAAAGAUACGACGGAGAAUGGCAAAGGGGACGUCGUCACGGAUGGGGAAGGAUGUUGUAUUUUGAUGCUAGUGUAUAUGAAGGCGAAUGGGAAGAUGAUGCAAGGAGUGGACUAGGUCUCCUCAGAUUUGCCAAUGGGAACAGGCACGAAGGCUGCUGGAGAGAUGAUAAAAGGAACGGAUCAGGUAUCUACUUCUUUAUGGACACUGCACAGGUCAUGCAAGGAAUGUGGGUGGAUGACAUAUUUCGGUGUGGGACAAUAAAGGAUGUGGCACGUGAAAAGGCCCCGAAACCAACAGCCCUUCCAAUCCCCGAGGUGGCGCUUACAAAUCCAGAUGACGUCUUGCACAACGCUAGAAUUGCAGCUUUGAGCAACAACAGUGAGAUCAAGCGACGCUAAGCCGUUGCUAUGGUAGUUAUCUAAAUACCAAAGAAACAAUUUUUCAAGUUUAUCACACAGUUUCUAAUUUACAGUUAUCUGAAUAGUGCAUUAUAAUAUGGAGUUUAACAAAAUUUACGUAGCACAGAAUUGAUAUACCAAGUACCGAAAGCACUGCUCGUAUUAAAACGUUUCUCUUUGUCUGCAACAAAAUUACUUCUUCUCGGGACAAAAAGCAAUGAAAUAAAUGUACGUGUCUAUUUGCACGAAGAAUCGUGAUGUGUUUAUAACAAAAAAUAUACUGCUAUAGAGAUUCAUAAUAGUCCGAAAAUCAAAUCAAAUCUCAGAAGUAUGGUUUUGGUUAAAUUUCGCGCAAAGCUACACGAGGAAUAUCUGCGAUCGGAAGACAGCAGCUAGCCAUUAUCAUCCACCGCUAACUCUUGGGCUACUCUUUUACCGUUUCAUUAUAACACCCCCACGG